AUGCUUUGCUUGUGUGAUCUUUGUCAUGGGGGCCUAUCAGACUUGCAGUCGCAUUUCCGGGGGGCGAAAAGGCUUAUUGAGCUACGCCAAGAACGGACGAUAGGCUGCUUUGUAGAACAAUACCUAGCUUGGCUGGAUGUGAUGGCCGCUGCAUCACAUUCCAGAUCUUCCGUGUUUUCAUCGCAAGAGAUCAUCACCCUGCUUGGAGAGUCCGGAGAUAGGUGGAGCUUCGAUGCAAUACCCUGUCCAUCGGAUCAAUUUCAAAUCGUCUGCGAGAUUGUUACCUUAUACAAAAACCAACUUGAUCCCGAUAACUCUUCAGUUGAGACAUUAACUCAAGUCAGCGAGAUUAAGCAACGAUUAUUGGAACGACCAGCUCAUUGUGAAAGAGGUCAAAAUUGGCUUCACAUGACCGAAGCGUAUCGCUUUGCCAUCAUUCUCUACUUACUACGGCUAUUCUCUUGCGAUAUCGAUGAGUUUGAACUGGAUUGGCUGGUCAGCAGUGUACUCUAUCAUGCGAGGGCGACACCUCCGGCCUCCGGAUGGUCGGAUCAGUUACUGUGGCCCUUGUUCCAUGCUGGUCUUGAGUUGCAAGAUGCUAAACGUCAGGAAUGGGUUCGGGAACGAGCGAGGUGUAUGCAGAGCUCUGGGGGAUUUGGCAACGUGAAGAGCGCGCUUGUUUUACUAGAGGGCGUUUGGAAGGGUAAACGUCCGGCAAAGUAUAUCGAUUUGAUGCUGGGACGCGGAAGCGGAACUGUACUAUUGAUAUGA